AUCGCAGAACAGAUCCACACACGGAGCCAGAGGAAAGAGGCGGAGCUCGGACCUGAGCUGGUGCUUCGAUCUUGAGAGUGUGAGAACGCUGGACCGAUCUUAGAGCGCAGAGCUACCCCUCGUCGGGAGUGCUUGCCGAAAAAUCAUCAAUUUCAUCAAUCCUUUCAGAAAAGAAGAAGAAGAUUCAGACGAGAUGGCCUCAGUGUGCGCGAUGGGUGCCGCCGGUCUCUCUGUAGCUGCCCUGCAGCAGGAAUUCGUGGGCCUGAGGAAGGAGAUGUCCUCGGCGUCUGCGAUCGAUUCAGUGGCAGUGGGUGCUCGUGCUGGACGAUCCAGCCAUGGAAUCCGUGCACAGCAAGUCCAAAAUCGCCCUCCGGUGAGGCCUGCUGUCUCGUUUCCUCUCUACCCCUCCAACAUGACGGCGUACAGCGGUGUGAGUGGGCAGACCACCGUUCCGCUCGUUCCAUUCAUGGCGCAGAAAUUGGAGACCCCCGAGGACGUGCAAAAGGGACGAGCUGUUCCGAUUCCUGCCAUGAACAUCGUCAUGAGGUUGGACCUGGACCACGUCAUGGAGAGGAGGUGGUAAGGAGAGGAGGUCCGAGGGCCGCAUUCGGAUGCGGCGUGUAGAAGAGAGAAGCUGGGAAGGUUGGCGGGCGCAUGGUUGCAGCCUUCUCAAGUUGUUGUAUGUUCAAGAGGAAUUCGAAUGGAAUGGAUGCACUGCAGACUGGAUUUCUGGCCGGUCCCUGGAGAUCGCUCUACUACCGUAUGAGAGAGGUAUGUGAUUGUGCUACAGAGAGAGAUAUAUGUAUCAAGGUCAAGUCUAGGACGAGGUUGGCUGCUAAGGACGGCCUUGACGUCCAUGUUGCACUUGUGAGGCUGCCGGAUUCAGCCCCGACUGCUUUCUUCGGAGUGGAAGUUGCUGAAGCAGCCCCGGGCGCAACGCGAGAUUCCUUCAACCCACCAGCUGCGGAGAAACUGCAUGUUUCACCUUCAAUUUUGAAAGCUUGCCCUAGAUUAGGUCGUUGAGGUUCGUGUACAAUGUGAGAAACACCUCGGUGAAUGCACUUGGGCUUCAAGUUCCGAUCAUCAGCUUGAGUGAUCCUUGCUCUGAACACACGGAGAAGAACUUUGUAAAAUAAAGAGUCACGUGCCUCAUAGGACAGGAUGCUCCAAGAGUAUAAAUGAAGAUGGCCCACGGCGGCGUGGAUCAUUUUAAAGAGGAAGCCCCUAGAUCAAGUUUUAGGAAGGAGUGAGUUUGGAAUGUAGGUUGUGCAGUUUCAUGAGAGCUUCUUGAUUUGGCACUGUAAUAUUAGCUAGCUAGAGGGUCUUACAACCAGUGAGAACUGGCCGUUUCCUGUCUGCUCCAUGUCAGCUGUGGUCCGAUAGCAAUUUCAGCGAGUAACCUUAAAAAAAGUUGGGUUUGUACUAUAGGCUGAAAACGCAGUCGAUGCAUGUCAAGUUUCCAACUAAAUAAAGCGCGUGGAUGUACGUCCGCUCGCGUUUUCAGCGUAUUC